UACUAGCGCCAAGUUGAGGUGAUCGUGCCGUCGCCGAGGUAACCGGCAGAAAAGCGGGGAGAUUGCGCAGGAUGGAGGUGAGAGUGGCCGGAGAGAACAUGAGUUCGGAGUCGGAGCCAGUCGGGUCGGACCCGCCUGCCGAGGGCAGCGGGAACCCCGGUUCGGAGCCGCCUGCCGAGGGCAGCGGGAACCCCGGUUCGGAGCGAGCUGGCUCGGAGCCGCCUGUCGAGGGCAGUGAGAGCCUGAGGUCGGACCCAUCGGCCGAUAGGAGCAGGAGCCUGGGGCUGGAAUCGUUGGCCCUUAGGAGCCCGCAGUCCGACCUGCCGGUGGGGAGCAACGACAGCCUGGGGUCAGAUUCAGUGGCCGGGGGGAGCGGGAGCUCGGAGUUGAAUCCGUCGGCCGGGCGGAGGGGGAUCCUAGGGUCACACCCGCCGGCCGGGAAGAUGCAGAGCUGGGUGGUGCAACAGGACGCGCAGAUGCUGUCGGCGAGUCUGAAAGUUGAUCCCUGUCGAGAGGCUAAGGAACUUACGGAGAGCAUUGAAGAAAUGUUAAUUCGAUUGGAUGAAUUUUGUGGAAUGCUUGACAUGAUUCGAAAUGACUCCUCUCAAAUUUUGGAUGAAAGUAUACCAAAACUGAAGGUCAAGGCACUAGAAAUGAAGAAGGUAUAUUCUAAGAUUGAUAAAAUGGAGAUUUUUGUGAAGAUGGUUGAACAGAGUGCAACUAUGCUGGAGGAACAAGUGAUUCAGGCAGAAAAAGACUCUGGCAACGUGUCUCGGGGUGUUUGCAGAUUCCUUCAUUCAAUCAAUGCACCGUUUUUGAAUAAGAAACGUAACUGUAUCAGCCAGCAGAAUUUCACAUAUGAGCUACCCAACCUAUACCGAACUGAAGCCUAUUUUCCUGCAAAUCACAACAGGACAUUCUUUAAACCAAACGAGUGAGGGUAAUUUUGUUGCUCUUGCCUAAGAGGAAACUAUUUACGUUAACGUGAAGAACCUGGCAUUACUGCAAGUUUUCUACAGUUUGUGUCACUAAGUUCUACUUGGACGAAAGCUGUAAAGUGCUUCAUUGCAACCGUGGAGAUAUCCUAUGAACUAACUCAAAGUACAAAGGGACUUGCAUGAAGAAACUCUAGGGUUGUCUUACUUGAAAAUUGUAGGUUAUUAAUGAAAUAAUACAGGCUGAGUACCCCUUAUCCGAAAUUCCAAAAUGUUAUCGAGUGCUGACGUGAUGUCACAAAUGCGAAAUUCCAUAAGGCACUGGGAAGUUUCCUCGGCGAUACGGAGGUCUCUGCGCACCACGGACAGUUCUGAGAAGUGAUUUUACAUAUGUAAUGAACAGAAGUUAAUGAUAAAGUAGAAAAAACAGCAUAAAGCAAAAAAUGAAGAUCUCAAUUGUGUCCUGAAAGAGUGGAUUUGUCAACUUUGGAGUGAAUGCAUGUUGAUCAUGAAACAAAGAUUUAUCUUGAACUGAAAAUUGAAGAUAAUUGUGAAUAUUCAGCAGGUUGGUUGCAGAAAUUUAUGGAAGGGCAUGGCAUUUAAUUUUUAAAGAUUUGAGAUAAAAGUGUCUGCACCACAGGACAGAGAAAUUGAUGAAUUUGCCAAGAUUGUCACUGAUGAAAACCUUGAUGUGCUGAACAGGUGUAUCAGUACAUAUGUGUAAGUGCACAAGUGUAAGACAAAGUCUGCUUACCAGUAGCAUAUAGAUGCAGAGUUGGAAAUGAUAGCGAUCCCAAACUAUCUCAUUAUAUAUUCCAAAAUCUUAAAUAUUUCCAGCCCCAAACAUUUUGGAUAAGGGGUACUCAACCUGUAAUGCCUGGAGUUGUAGUUCCAACAACACACUAAAAUCUCACAGCUGUUCCAUUGGCCAAGGCAACUUAAUAUUAUGCUUUUUGGUAUAUAACUUCCCAUGUGAUAAUUCAAUGAACAGUUAACCAUAUUAUGAACGUGAAUCUAAAUUGGUAGCAUGUGCACCUUCAUGUCAUAGGUCUUAAAAGCCACACUGGUUUUCACAUCUAUGCUUAAAUACCAAGUACUGAUUUAAUAUUCACUUGACUUGAUUAUUUCAUGCUUAUGAAUAUAGCACUUUUCCUGUCAUGGGAAAUUAGGCAUUUUAUUUGCUAGAAAAAGGUCAACUGCCAUUUUUCGCAUCCAAAAAUAACACUUCCUGUUAUAGGAUGUAAAGCUUACAAUGCCCGGAGUUUUAAAAUCAACAUAAGAAUAGAGUAGAAGAAAUGAAAUGCUUAAGAAUUUGUGGAUAAUAAAAAGAACGAGUAAGUGACUCAUUUUGUGCAGGCUUUCGAACCAAAACUAGACCCUUUUAGUACCAAUUCUCCAAGGUUUUAUCUUCUGCAAGGCAUUAAUAGGAACAGUUUUACAUCACGGAAACUGCAUUUAAAUUAUCUGUUAAAGCACACUUCCUGUUAACUGUACACAGUUCUUGCCCAGCAGUACAGACAUACAGAAAGCACCUCUUUUUCUUUCUGUAAAGUGAAGCAACCAUAGGCAGUUGCAUUUGGCAAGUUGUAUUUCUAUUGAUAAGUGAUACGAUCUAGCCAUGCACAAUGUUACAUUUGUAUAAAUUCAGCCUCCCAGGUAAACUUCAUUAAGUUAUAGAACAUUACAGCCACACAAGGACCCCUUCGGCCCAUCUAGUCAGAACCGAACUGUAAUUCUACCUUGCCCUGUCGACCUGCACCCAGAUCAUAGUCCUCCACGUACUUAUCCAAAACUCUUAAAUGUUGAAAUUGAACUCGCAACCACCUCUUCCAUUGGCAGCUUGUUCCACAUUCUCACCACCCUGUUCCCCUUAAACAUUUCACCUUUCAUCCUUCACCCAGUUCUAGUAUGAAUUAGAGCAUCAGUUUAUUAAACUUUGAAUGCUUGUCAGAUUGAAAUUGCCAUUUGUAUGAAUUCAGAACAGCUUUUCACUCAAAAUGUUUACAGACUUUGAAGGUAAUUUGUUUUCUACAUAGUUUUGCAGAGCAAACCUUUUGCUAGCAUCUCUGAAAUAGAUUGGGUGAGAGAUAUGUUACUUUGCAAAAUAGCUGUUUGUGAAAUGUCAACUAUGUUUGCAUAGAAAUUAAUAGAACAAUUAUUUUAUGUUAUAGCAACGAGUGGUGAGAGUAAGAGUAUAGGACUACAGAGUAUGAGUUGUAUUUUUGUAAUUCAUUCCAAAUUGCCCCUUAUUCUUCUCAUUUGCUAUUAUCAAUCCAGCAUAACCAAUGUCCUUCACUAGCUUGUAAGAAUUGUACAUUUGGCAUUUUUUUACACUUAUGUAUUUUUAGUUUUAAAUUAUUAGCUGUCAAUUAGAUUGAAAAAUUUACUUUUAAAGAUGCACCAAGAUUUACCUACAUUAAAAUUAUAUAUUAGUGUAUUGGUACUCAUCUACUGGAGCUGUUACUUUACACUGUUGUAAACUGCUCAACGGAACUGUCAAAGACUCAUUAUGGAUACUGGAUUUUGUGCAGCUUUUUAAUACUUUGUGGUACUUCAUUUCAUCUGAAAGACUUCAUUAUUGCAUUUACCAAAAACAAAUAUUGAUUUAUUAUAUAUUUUUACAGUGACUCCAGUUAUUUAGAAUUAUACUAGUGUAUUGUUAAUUUACUACAUUGUGCAUGGAUUUCUAACUAGCAUAAACUAAGAUGUUUGGCCUAUGUAUCAGUCACAUACCAACAGGAUGUUUGUACUUAAUUUUUAAAAUUUAAUAUACCCAUCUACAGCCAAUUUAAAGUUUCCCUAAUUUUAGUUUUUAAUCAAGUGUCCAUGCAAUUCUCAGAAUAAUUCAUACAAGAUUAGACUCUAGUAAGCCACAUAUUACUACAUGCAUUCAUAUUAAAGAGAAAUCUGAUCACAUAUGAACUUGAAUUUGUCUCCUGAAAUUUAUAGCAGAGAACUAAGAAUUUAUAUUGGCUUUAGGUUUUGUUUCAAACCAUGCCACCAAAUUAAAUCUAUUUGAUUCACGUUAAUUACUAACCACAAGUUUGAAUGGCCACUUUAAAAGAUGUGUUUUUGACCAGCACUGUCAUGUAGUGACUUAAUAAGAAUCUUUACAGCCAACAUCAGUUCUAGUCCAGCUAUCACAACAUUCAAGUGUCAAACUAUUUCAAUGCUGAUACAAAAUUAUCAAUGUUUAAUGGAUUCCUAUAUAUAUUUGGAUUGGCACCAAUUAGAACCAUUUAGAAUUGGAAAUGUUCAACGAAAUUUUUUGAAAGGUAACUUUUCAGAUAAAUACUCCUUUGGCUAUGAAAGGUUAACUUUUGACUAAAAAAUCUGUGGACUGUAAUCAUACUAUUGGCAUUUAUCUCAAAAUAGCAGUUUCAAAAUCACCCACCCAUAAAGCAGCACAAGAUGCACUGUGAAAUGAUUUUCAGUCGCAACAUUCCUGGUUAACUAAAGACAAAAAGAAAUAUGCCAUAUUAGAUUGGUGUAUCCAGUAUGAGCCAUUAGUUAGGUUGAGAUGAGACUUGCUUGACUUCUGUAAUUUCAUGCCGUCACUACACAAUUCCUUGACUGGAGGAGAGACUGCAAUAAAGGAUUAUUCAAUUGUACAAAAUUGCCAAGAUAAAACAUCUUAUAACACUUAGCCCAUCUUAUAUGCAGUUAUUCACCUUGUUCUUCAAUGCAGUUUUUUUUGGGAAUAUGUACUCAAGCACAUUUGGUGAUACUCCCUGCUCGAUAAAUUGCACAGUGUGAGCUGUGAUACUUAUAGAUCAACCUUUAAGUGUCUUUUUUAAUUCUCUGAAAUUUAAUUUUCCGUUGCAAUUACUGAUCAUUGUGUAAUUGCCAAAUCAAAAAGUUAGUUAUUUUUAUCUUACUGCAGAGAAUUUCAACUGCAUUUGCAUGUUGAAAUGUUGAUAAUUUUGCUGCAUACUUUAAUAACAGCUAAAGAAUGACACACUGAAGCACACUAUGAAAGGACUGGAGUUUUUUUUUCUAAGACUUUGAUAUUGAAUUACCAAAGCAAGCAUGCCAAUUCAGAAUGAAAGUAUUUGAAGCUAUUAAAUAUCCAUCAAAUUAGCAAACAGUAGCAUUUACCACUAGAUUCUGAUUUUCUUCACUAAUCUCUGACCCACCAUUAGAAAGUAUAUUUUUAUCAUUGAUACUUCUAAUUACAAUGCCUUAAAAUUCAGCUGUGUGACUCUCAGUAAUUGUAUUAAACUAAAUACUUUUGCCAUAUGAUUUUCCAUCCAUUCAAUUGUAGAAUAAUCCUACAAGGUAUUUUCUGAUAAAAGAGGUGCAUAAAGAAUUGGUUAGUGGAGGAACAAUUGUACACACAAGGGAAAAAGUGAGAUAGCUGAAAGAAAACUUCAGAACUGGAGAAAAAAAUUUGGAACAGGUUGCUUGCAUUUUCAGAAAUAAUAAAUGUUAACAUGAUACAGGUUUUAUUUUCUUGAGGCGAGAUCCAAGUGUCAAGGAAACAUGCCUUGAUAAACAAUAUAUAAAGAAUACUUUUUAUACUUUAUAGUCACCAAUUGAUACCAGAGCGUACAAUCAUCACAGCGAUAUUUGAUUCUGCUUUUCAUGCAGAAUAUCUAGUAAUAUCAAUUACUAUCGAUAGGAUAAAACCAGACAUUUUUAAGAUGAUAUUGAAGAGCAGCAUUUAAAAUCAAGUUUGCAGGUAAUUAAGGUUGAAUGGAAGUUCAAGCAGCACAUUAGCCAAAGACAGUAUAUAUUUUUAAAGGAACUCUGAGGUAAGUAGUUAUUAUUUUGCUUCAAAUGGCAAAUGAUUUGGUUGAGCUGCGAAAAGGGUUGAAAUUGAGUUUCUGUUAAUGAAGGCAGUAGCUUUAGAUAAUUAGCAGUCUUUCAGUAUCUUAUUGUCUUUUAACAUUAAGGUAGGGGAGCAAAACUGCAUCAAAGUAUAUAUGAACCCUGCUCUUGGACUGUCCCACCUCCAUCAGGAAAGAAGCUACACAGCAUCUACAAUACCACCAUUCAGAAAAGCCAUCAGGCUGAUCAACAUCUCCACCUAUUAAGCCAUUUCCUGUCAGUCACCUUAUGUGUCAGUGUAUGUAUGUAGACUAUUCUUAUGUAUUCACAUUUAUCGUAUUUUCAUGUAUUUCUUUAUGCUGAUUUGUUUUUUUACGUUGUCAGAUCCAGAGCAACAAUCAUUUUGUUCCCCUUUAGACUUGUGUACCGAAGAAUGUCAAAAAAACAAUCUUGAAACAGUUACACUGAUGAGAAAGAAAUCAAGGGCAUACUUUGGACUCAAUCAGGGUUUGAAAAGUUGUCCCUUGACAUAUGUAUCUAGCUAGAAUUGAAUACAUAACAGAACAAUGAACACAAAUUUGAAAUGCAGUGCAGGUCAGUAUACAUACAACUCCACUAUAACUCCAUGUUUAAUGCAAACAGAUCCAGAACAAUGAUAUACAAAUUAGAGGAAA